AUGGGGAUCUCCGAUUCGCACUCAUUGACGGGAUAUUUCGGCGGGCUAUUAUUCUAUGCAGUAAUUCAAAUCACGUUCAAUCAAUCAAUAUCAAAUAACGUUACUCUCGUGAACUGGAUCGUUUUUCCUUCUAAACAUACAUCCGCAGAGGUAUCGUUUAGAAAACUCAAGCAGGAGAAGAGAUACCCUGUGGGACCUCAAGGCAUCUCUUAA